AUGUUCAACGCGCACUACCUCGGCCUAAUGCGCGAUGCAUGGGAUGCUUAUCGUCACCGACAGUUCUCUAACAUUCUCACUUUCAAGCCCGAAUCUUCGCGUUUACUCGAAGAAGACCCUUACCAGGCUGGGUAUGGCUACGGAGCGCUCAAUCAUGCCCAACAGGCGAGUCAGCCGGAUCCGGAAUAUGUGAGGCGCGAGAGGGAGGCUUUGGAAUCUAUCUGCCAACGCACAUCCGACUCGGUUAUUGAUAUCUGGUCCCUCCAACCACAACCACACCUCCAACCCCAAGCAACUCUCCACACGCCCAUAUCUGCAUCGCCGGUUCCAUCGCAAAAGACCGAUGGAACAACACCUGUGGCCUCCACACAUCGUAUAUCGCCACCAAGCCGACCUACUUCGGGCACCGAAGGGACAGUGCCGAAACACUGGGGCGAGGUUAUCAUCAAUCCGAACAAGAAGCGUUCUCGUCCCGACAUGGGCACAGAUGUCAAGGUCAACCAUGAUGUAUUUGGUGUAUUGAAGGUCAACUAG